AGUACUGACAGCCAGUCUAUUUUUUGAGGUCCAAGGUCCAAAAUGACAGAACAGUACAGAUAUCCCCCAAAAAGGACGGUGUCCCCCAGGACGUGGUACAGAUAUCCCCCAAAUGUCAGGACGGUACAGAUAUCCCCCAAAUGUCAGGACGGUACAGAUAUCCCCCAAAUGUCGGUGAACAGUACAGAUAUCCCCCAAAUGUCAGGACGGUACAGAUAUCCCCCAAAUGUCAGGACGGUACAGAAUCCCCCAAAUGUCAGAACAGUACAGAUAUCCCCCAAAUGUCAGGACGGUACAGAUAUCCCCCAAAUGUCAGGACGGUACAGAUAUCCCCCAAAUUUCAGUUUGGGUACAGUGUUGUCCAAGAAUGUCAGAAUAGUACAGAUAUCCCCCAAAUGUCAGGAUGGUACAGAUAUCCCCCAAAUGUCA